AAUUAAAAAAUCAAGAUUUGUUACAAUGAAAAGAUAUAAAGGGACUUUUUUGUUGGUGUUAAUUUAUUUCUGUGGCUAUCCAAAUAUCCACACACUCAUUUCUUAUUCCUGAUACAGACUCCUUUUAUUCAGCAAGAAAAUCUUAAAUUAGCAUAGUAACUAGAGGACCAUGAAGACUGAAGAAUGUUCAGCAAGUUCCAAUGUGGACAUUUGGUUUAGACAACUAAGAGACAAGUAUUAUGUUUAUACAACUCAUGCUGAAAUACGGAUUAAGAAUAGGAACACUGUAAUAAAAAUUCAUUUGGAAAAAGGAAGACAAAAAAGCAUACUUGGACUUAGCCAAAGCAUUUAUCAAAUGUCACUGGGUAGGACACAGCACUUUGGAAACAACUCUGUUAUUUAUUGUCUAAUAUGCAUUCUGGCUCUGCCUCUGGGGAAUUUUCCCUUGUGUAGAUAUGCCCCAGGUCACAUUUAAAAGGAAAUUGGAGAAUAUUCUCCUGGGAGGUUAGAACAGGUUUGGUCUAUUGGAGGUUGUUUAUUAGUUAUAGAUGCCUCUGGAUAUCAAGCUCUCCAUUUCUUUGCCAAUACAAGUACUUGGACAACUGGAAGUCCCCACCUCUUAAGUGUGUGCUGGGCAGAGCAACUUAUUUCUAGAGGGUAAGAAAGUUGAGACUAGAAAAAGUAAGGACGCUGGAGAAAGCUGAUAUUUAAACACUCCUUUAGUCAGGUGAUGAAAGACAUCAUCAUCAGUGAAAAAUUACGCUGACCAUCUGUACUCUUCAUGUGACAUGAAGAAAACAGCACUUUACCUCUGUAAUCUUUAACCCACAAACCCAUAACCCCAGUCUGAGCAGGAGAAACACGUCAGACAAAACUAAACUGAAGAGUUUACCAAAUAUCUGGCCAAAUAUUUGCUCUUCAAAACGGUCAGGGUUAUCACAAACAAGGAAGGACUGAGAAAGUGGCCACCCUCUGGAGGAACCUAUAGUGAUACUAUGAUUAAACGUACUAGGAUAAACUUGAUGGGGUACUAGAAGAGAAAGAACAUGAGAUUAAAAACUGUAAAGUAGUGGGAGCCAAACCAACGUCUAGCUCGGAGCAGCAGCCUCACCAGGGCCGCUGAGGGCUUUUCUGAGUCCAGGGUCACUCCCACCCGUCUACAGAAAGGGGAAGAUCUUCACGAACCUCUUCAAGAACCUUUGUGGCAAAAAAGAAAUGCGCGUUCUCAUGGUGGGCCUGGAUGCUGUGAGGAAGCCCACCAUGCUAUGCACCCUGAAGCUGGGUGGGAUCCUGACCACCAUCCCCACUGCAGGCUUCAGUGUGGAAACCAUGGAGUAGAAGAACAUCAGCCUCACGGAGCCAGCCUCUGUGGUGCCACUCCUUCCAGGGCACACAUGGUCUCGUCUUUGGUGGUCAACAGCAACGACAGAAGCCUUGUUAACCCGGCCCGUGAGUUACUCAUGAGGAUGCUGGUGAAGGGCGAGCUCAGGGAUGCCUUCCUGCCGGUCUCUGAGAACAAGCAAGGCCUCCCCAAUGCCGUGAACCUGGCACAGACGACAGACAAGCUGGUGUGCACUCAGCAGCAUUGCAUGAACGGCUACCAGCUGGCCACCUGUGCCAGCAACGCCCACGGGCUCUGUUAGGGACCUGACUGGCUCUCCAAUCCUCUCCGGAACCGGAAGUGAGCUGUGCUCCUCCCUUUCCCUUUCGCUGAUUUACUUCCUUCCACCCUGCUUUCCUCUGCAGUGGCGCGAGCGCCGGAAGCUGCCUCCAUGGUGGGUCAGUGCCCCGCACCCCGCUGUAGAUGUGCAAGUGCAGCCUGCAGCCGGGUUUUAUUGAAUGCAAAUAGUUAUUGUUGCCAACUAGGCAGUUUCUGGCACUCCUA